UUUUAUAAAAUUUGACAUUAAGAGGGGAUAUAAUUAAUAAAAAUAAAUUAGUUUGUGAUCAAGUCGAUGCGCGCGAGAUACGACUCCGUGCGCCGAUCAGCUGACUGGAGGUAUUUCCAUUCGAAAAUUCGAAUGACAGUUCAUAGUUUAUUGUCCGGAAGUGAUAUAGGAAUCUCGCGUAAAGACUAGCGUCCGGUGACAAAUUAUUCGCGGACGUAGGCCGCUUCGGUCAUCGGUGCAAGAAUGACACAGGAAUUGUCCGGAGUGACCAUAGUGAUAUUUAUAGCAGCGGGCGUUUUGACAAUAUUGUUACUAUUCAUCUUUGCGAAACGGCAGAUUAUGAGGUUUGCCCUGAGAUCUCGUCGGGGCCCCCAUAUCCCCAUAGGACACGACGCGAAAAAGUCCUUGAAGAAGGAAAUAGAGAGGAGGAUAGAAGUGAUACCUAGGAUUCAGUAUGAACCGCAAUUGAUCAGCGACCCUAGAUACAUUUUAACUCCAGGGGGACAAGCACCGCCACAUUAUUAUAGACUGAAAGCAGUCGACGAUGUUAAAGCUUUAGAAGCAGAGAUUACAAGGUAUGACAAUUGUCUGAAAAGACAUCCUUCGGAGAAUCUGAGGGCUUACUUGCUCACUACACUUGCCACUCCAUUGAAUGGAAGUGGCCAGCGUUUAAUUCAUCAAUUCUGUGAUCUGUACGAGCAUGCGAGGCAUGACCCAACUGAAUUUGGUGAUGAGGAAUAUCAAGUAUACACUCGUUUAUUUUUGAAAUUGAUGGACGCGGCACGUUUAUUGAAAUCAUAUCCAAGCAGUAGGAAGUCCAGUCCCAGUCGUACGCCCAUCAAAAAGAGCAUAGAGACAAAGAGAAAUAUUCUGGAACCCAGGAUGCGCCCGCCCGAGGAGCAAAUCCUAACAGGUUCGAGACCUAAUACUCUAACGGUAAUGACGUUAGACAAUAGUGAGACAUCUGUGUAGCAUUAUGAGUGCCGUCACAUACAACAUAUGUGACGAGGAAAUUUGUAGAUAGGUACAUGACACUGAAAUAAUUUAUAUGAAGCUACGUGCUACGUAGGACGUCCGAUUUAGUUAGGAAUUAUUGAUAUGCAUUUUUACUUUUACGAUAAGUGCACCUAAACUCGCCAUUCUAUUCAAGUUGAGUAUCCGUAACGAAUAACGUAUGUUUUGUAGACAACGAGCAAGUACCGUUUCUUUCUGUGAUUUAUUUGAUAUUUAUAUUUAUAUGAAUUUAUAUUUACAAAUCAGCCUUAUAUAUAAAAUAGAGUUUUCGCAUUCUUUGCACCGGCAUCGCUUGUAAAGUAUUUUUAACAAGUACUGAUGUAUAUAAGAACGAUGUGUAGAAGUCGAGAAUUAGAAAAUUAGUAGUAGAAGACAAUUUUUUAAAGCGUCCAUUUUUUUGUCACGUGUAAUUUUUCAGGUGAUAGUGGGGCUAAGUCAUAAAUUACUAAUCGUACCUUCUCUUCCAGUUAUCUCCGAAUAAUUUAAUAAAAUUUACAUACACUCGGUCGCAUAUAGAUCUACAUAUCUCUAAUAAAAUUCGGAAGAAUAUUUACAGUAAUUAAAAGAUAAUAGGAAGCUAUUUGUUUUUAAUAUUUAUCUUUUAAUUAACACGAUGACGAUUAGCAUAUCUUUUUCUACUAUUUGUUACUAUUUAAACAUAGAAAUUUUUAACAAUUUAACGAAAUGAAUGUUAAUUACGCAAUAAAGAUAUGAACCU